UCCAUAAUGUAUUAUUACAGAUUUUACACAACGGAGAGAGGAACGAGAGACACUGAGAAUCUUGGCAAUAUAAAUGGAAUUAUUUUCUCUGGAGGGCCUACGAAAGGCCGAAUUCGGAAAGAUAAACUAUCUUCGGAAGAACUUCUCGAAAAGCUUAUAGCUAAUUUAUCGACAGAUAUUCAUCAAAAGAAUAGAGUAUAUAAAAAUGACUUAGUAACAGUUAUUAAUAAAAUUAAAGAGUUAAAUGUAUCGUCUAAAAAACAAGGAUUACUUCUAUUGAAAUGUUGUACGGAGCUACUUCCAGAUGAAACGCCGAGUUCAAGGAUGGCUUUAGUUGAACAGAUAUGGAAUACCAUCAAGCCUCAUACAAAAUUCGAUGUGGAUUAUUAUAAUGAGUUACUACGAACCUACAUUGCUAAUAAUAGAACCAUCAAUGUCACUUCAUUUCUCUCACAGAUGGGCUCAGUAAAGCCUAACUUGACAACAUAUGAAUUGAUAUUAAGAACAUUGGGAGAGGCUGGUGAUAAAAAUCAAUGCACAGAGGUGAUAUCGAACAUGAAGUCACAAGAUUUACCGGCCACUGAAUAUGUGUUUAAUUCUUUAAUCAUCUGUGAAGGAAAACUUGGAAAUCUAGACAACAUACAAGAGAUAUUAACGAUGAUGAAAUCACUUAAAUUAGAGCAUUCAAUAAACACAUACACAGCAACUGCCAGAGCUUUAGCUUUUAAUAAAAAGAACGAUCUUUUAUUAAAAGAAAUGGAUAAAGCACGUAAUGCUGGUAUAAAAUUUGACGAAGUUCAUUUGAUGGAUAUUGUCAAGACUUUGGCUUCUGUUGGGAAUUACGAACCAAUACCACGUAUACUAAAGUACUUGCCAGUAGAAAUCCUUCAAGCUCCAUCAAUAACCCCUUACAUGCAAAGUGUAGCAACUUUACUAGUAUUUCAAAACCAUCCUAUGGUGGCACUAGAGAUAUAUAAGUGUUUGCCUUUACCUUCGUUUGGACCUAAAGAUGAUAAAGGAUUGCACGGGCGUAGUCUUGUAAGAGAUUGUGUCAAAGCAUCUGUGCCAUCCAGUAUCAUAGCGCUCGUAACUCAAGAACUGAUGUCGUCAGGUCGUAAUCCCAUAGCUAUACAAAACGCAGCCGAGGCAGCCUUACAACUGGGUAAAGUCCCUCUUGCCUUGGACUUGUUUACGCGGAUGAAACAACUUGGGUUACCAGUGAGGUCACAUUACUUCUGGCCUAUAUUGAUACACACUUCUCAGACUUAUGGAGAGAAAGGUAUCAUGAACACAAUAUCUACAAUGGUGGCCAUGGAAGUCAAACCGGACUACGAGACAAUUUUGGACUUCGUACUGCCGUACGUCAGUUUUACGUCACCUCAGAAUUUGAUGAAGAAAUUCCUAGAGACAGGUCUAACCGUCACGAGUGUUUUGACUCCAAUGAUGGUGACCUUGCUUAAUACCGGGCAGGUUCGAGCGGCUAGUGAGAUAUGUGAAUUAUUCCAAGGGAAAGUCGAUGCCGAACUUAUUUUAAAGCCAUUAUUGAAAGGCUUUUUAUUGAGUUCAGAUAUAAAAUCUACAAUUCAUAUAUUAGAAGAUAUAACAGCAAAAGCAUCGGACAAAGACAAAGAUUGGACGGGUAGGUUCCUAUGUGUGUGUAUGAGGCAGAAGAAUAUAAACGGUGAUUUGACUGAAAUAUUACAUUUAAUUAAGGCAUUACAAGAUACAUCAAUAAAAAUAUCAACAUCCGCAGUAGAUUACUGUAUGUCUCGAUUGCCGGAAAUCAAAGGAAAUGAUAAUAUAAUAGAUAGUUUUAAGGAAGCUCUCAUUCAAAUCACGGACGAUAAACUGAUUGACGAUGGGCAACUGUUUGUUCAACACAUACCGCAUCCAAAACAAAUGAACGAGGAGUCCCUUAAAGCACAUUUAGUGGAACUUGAGUCUAAAGGCAUGAACACACGCGGUGUUCUGCGAAAACUUUUGCAGCAGUACUGCAGGGAUGGGAACCUGGCCGCUGCCAGGGAAAUACUCGACAAAUGUGAGAAAGAAGAGGUCUUCCUCUCAGCUGGUAUGAAAGCAUCAAUAUUCGAUCUCCACGUUAAGUUAGGGGAAUUAGAAUUAGCAGAACUGGCACUAGCGGAUUUAAACAAAACUUCGCCGAAUUUUACUCUAGACGAAUAUAAAGUGAUCGACUUCGCUACUCUCAUGGUGUACAGGAACAAAAUCGAUAAGGCAUUUGAACUCAUCACCGAACAGUCGAAGAAAAGGCGUAUAUCAGGUGGUCGUGGAGUAUCGCUAAACUGUUGGCGACUACUGGACGCCACAGCGGCGCACGGCUCCCCGGCCGACACUCGCCGCAUGCUGGAGCUCCUGACCGGCCUGCGCUACUGCCGCCCCGACAACACCAUGCUGGGCCCCUUGGUGCGGGCGCACUUGAAGAGUGGCCAUCUUGAAGAAGCUGUCAAGGAAUUCGUAAAAUUAGCUGAUAAAUAUAAGAAAACUCCACUCAAACACGAGUUACUGUGUAAAGUAUUAAAGGCGAUGAGUGAUGGUAAAACAGAAGACACUUUUAUAGAGAACGAGAAAGCAAAUGGGAAAUUAAAUAAAUUUGUGCAAACUAUCCUCAAUGUCAAUAAACAAGUGCACGGCGCUGGUGAUGUUCAAUUAACCCUAAUAGCAGCUUUAGCUGAUGUCGGCUAUAAGAAGACCUUAAGGAAGUUGUUCCUAGACCCCACAGUAAAGUUCCAUCCUGAUGCUCUAAUGCGUCACUGCGAAAGAUUUGCAGACGAUAAGAAAGUUGAAGCUUUGGAAACUAUCGCUGAGUGUGCGAAGGACCUUCGACAUGUGCCUAUUGAAGAAAUUUAUAACAUGAUCUUAGAUGUUUACCAACGGGAUGACAAAUGUCAAGAAGCUCUGUCGCUGUGGUAUAAAAUGCAAGAAAACGAAAUAAUGCCAUCACAAAAAUUCGUCAGAAACCUUUGCUCGCUCUGCAAGGCCAAUAACAAACAGGUUCCGUCAGAUUUAUCCAUCCUUCUUGAUAAGCAAAUGAAGAAAAUCUAAAAUAAAGGGUUUCAUAGUAGCUUGUUUUAAAGCUAAUUAACUAAAUUGUUCACAGUGAAAAAAUGUACACCAGUGUAAAAAAAAAAUUGUUUGUAAUAUCUGUGAUAUUAUUUAUUAUAUUACGUAAUACAUGUA